AUGUCGGAAAAUAAAGACCCUUGGGAAAAAUGGUCUGCGGAGCUCAACGACAAGUUUCUAGCGCUGGAAAAGAAACAACAGCUAACGUCAGUUCCUGCCGCCGUUCAAGCGAUGAUGGAAGAGACCAAACCUCCCUUCACGUCGGACAUUAUAAACAAGGUGAUGCCCCAGAGGUUCCGGAUUCCUCCUGUCAUCCAAUACUCUGGGUCCGGAGACCCAUCUGAGCACGUGGAAGCUUAUCGAUCGUGGAUGCAGAUCCAGAUGGCAACGGAUGCAAUGAUGUGCCAAGGAUUCUCAAUCACACUUACGGGAUCUGCCUGGAAUUACAUUGCUCGCUUCAAUGAGGAAGCACUGUUGAUAGAAGAUUACGACGACAAGAUGACACUUGCAGCCGAGUUCAGUGGCCUGAAAGAAGGAAAAUUCAUGUUCUCCAUUGGAAAGAACCCACCAAAGACGUUGGCAGAACUCAUUGUCAGAGCUCAAAAAUACGCUAACGCCGAGGAAUUCUUCAACGCUCGCAAAAAUAUCCAAGUGGCAGAGCCAAAUGGUAAAAGGAAGAGGCCUAGGAACGAGGAAUCCCAGCCGCCCAACAAAGGGUCCGAUGAUCGCGCUCCCCGCGAUCGUCGUCUGAGUAGGAAGCCAGAAGGGAGAUUCCGUUCCUACACCCCCCUCAACACAUCCACUGAACAAAUUCUUUUGGAUGUUCAAGGAGAGAAACUUCUAAAUUGGCCUAUUUGUAUGAAGGCCAACCCGGAACACCGGGAUAAACGCAAGUUCUGCCGCUUUCAUCGAGACCAUAGUCACAAUAAGGAUGAUUGCGUGGUUCUCAAGGACGAGAUCGAGUCUCUUAUCCGAAAGGAACAUCUGCGUCGAUACACCAAGAGAGGAAGGACCGCUUGGAAUGAAGAGCAAAGACAAGAAUGA